GGAGCGAUCGGAGAAAUCGCGCGGUGCAUCUGCGCUAUCAUAUUGAAGUCAGAGCGUCUUUUCGCAUAUGUCAAAGCCAAUGGUUUCGCUUGUGGGGCCCAGCGGCGUGAACCCACGCCGACGAAAGCUAGUCGACCAAGAUGUUCCUCGUGAAUUGCGCACGAAAAGGGCAAAGCGAGCGCGACUUUCUCCUCGCCAGCGCCAGCAGCGUAUUAUUGAAGAGAAGGAACGGUACCAACAGCUUGUACUUUUCUGGAUAAGAAUCAUCCAGUACUUCAUGAAUAAGGCUGCAAGAGCAAAAGCAGCAACAGCGUCAAUACCAGUCUCAACAGCUGGCCCAUCACCAACAGUCAACCCAUCAUUGGCAGCAGGACCUUCGUCGGCAGCCGGCCCGUCCUCAGCAGCCGGCCCAUCCUCGGCAGCCGGCCCAUCCUCGGCAGCUGGCCGAUCAUUGGCAGCUGCACUGCUCUUGGCAGUUGGACAGUCAGCAGCAGCUGGACCAUCCUCAGCAGCCGGCCCAUCCUCAGCAGCCGGUCCAUCCUCAGCAGCCGGUCCAUCCUCAGCAGCCAGUCCAUCCUCAGCAGCCGGUCCAUCCUCAGCAGCCGGCCCAUCCUUGGCAGCCGGCCCAUCCUCGGCAGCUGGCCGAUCAUUGGCAGCUGCACUGCUCUUGGCAGCUGGACCAUCAGCAGCAGCUGGACCAUCCUCAGCAGCCGGCCCAUCCUCAGCAGCCAGCCAAUCGUUGACCACCAGACCGCUAUUGGCAACCAGACCAUCGUCAGCAGUCAGUCCAUCAUCGUCAGCUGGUCCAUCAUCAGCAGCUGGACCAUCGUCGGCAGCCAGUCCGUCCUCAGCAGCCGGCCCAUCCUCAGUAGCUGGCCAGUCAUUGGCAACAAGACCGUUGUCAGCAGCCGGACCAUCAUCGGCAUCUGGACCACUGUUGGCAGCUGCAUCGUCAUUGGGAGCUGGACCGUCAUCAGCAUGCAGCCCAUUGGCAGUGACAUUGCAGACAUCAGGAGCAUCACAGCCAUCAUACAGUGCUCCAGACCACUUUGCAUUGGCAGCAUUGGCAGCGACAUCAGUACCAUCGGCGACAUCGGCAUCACCAUCAGCACCAGCGCCUUCAGCAGCCGCACAGCCCAAGCCAUCAGCGGAACCACCACUACCACCAGUAUCAACACAGCCACCAACAUCUGCAACUGCUCCUCCAGGCACAUCACCAUCAGCUGCAGUACCAAAUGGGUUUCUCAUCGUCACCACAGUACCGACAUCGCCGGCUCUAGGUGGAGAUACAGGCAAUGCUGAUGUGGUCUUAGCACAGGAACCUGAGCAACCACUACUUGUGGAGCGUUUCAAUUCCAUACCAUUACUAGAGGGUGAUACGAAAGAGAUGUACGUGAUCGUGGACGAUUCAAAUUACACCUUCGAAUUGCCCUUUGAGUGCAUGGGAGACGCUAAAUCGGGAACUGAGGAAGCCAUUUGAGUUUAUUCUCAUUCCCAGCUGAAUAUCAUAUAACUUACGUAUUUUACUAAUACAAAUUAUUCAUGAAUAUAAGCAUUUUAUAACCUAUCAUAAAUUAGCAAGAAGUAGUGUCUUGUAUUAACAAUCAUUAAUUACUGAGAAAUAAAGUACUAU